UGCAUAUCGCUCAUCCCAAAUGAAUACUGUCAGAAACUGCACUUUAUCUUCUUUUUUCCGACUCUUGUUGCCAUCCUGUCGACCUUUAACAUCUCCCGUCGCACCCUUCCACGCACCGGGCGCAUCCUGCCACGGGGCUUGAAGAUGUUCUCUUCUCCACCCAGAGGCAUGGCGCGCGACGAGUAUCUGGUCGUCAUAUCUUCUUCUCCCGAAUUUCCCUCACUUUGCGACCUUGUCCCGACGACUAAACCGACGACACUCCGCAGCGGCAAGAAUGCUGCUACGAUCCCCGGUGAUGCGUCAAUAACGUUUACGAGCGCUACGACGAUGUGGCGGGCAGCCCAACAUCCAGGCGCAGAGGACGUUUCAGGCCCGGAGGUUGGGAUUCCAAUGCCAGCUCUGAAACAUACUGCGCUCGACAAGUCGAAACCAAAGUCCAAACCCCGAGCGCCCACGAAAACAAGGACAAAGAAAGACCCUCCGCUUCUAGUGGCGGAUGACAGUGUAAUUCUUUUGAAAUCCUCGGGGGUUGAUGUCUCGGUCUCGAAGAAGAGGGCGAAACAACCAAAGUCGGUUCAGGAGACAACACAGACAACAAUUGCUAAAGGCAAGGUGACCAAGCCAGCCACCAAGGAGAAGGUCACGAAAAAGAAAGUGGAGACAGCCAGCAGGCAUUUUGCAAAGGAACCGUCAAUAUCGAAACCUCCAACGACAAACUCAACAGAUGCUGUGGUACCAGUAGAAGAGGACGGACCGGUGAUUCUGGAGCCAGCUCUGCAAAGGAGAUUCGAUUGGACCCCGCCACGCGAAAGCCUACCCCGACAAUUAAUACCUGUGGCUGAUUCACCAGUGGAAAGAUCAACAUGGUCAGUGGAGUCGCCAGAAGCCAAUGUCUUCAAGGCUCUUCAUGAUAAGUUCGGUCGGACGUCUGAUGAUGUGCAAUCAGUUGGCCCCGGUUCAGGGACAAGUUCACUGGAUGUGUUGGGCAAGAGAAAGCUCAUCGAGAUGGUGCAGACGGCUGCCGCGAGCAUCUCCAACAUCAAUGCGAAUGGCAAAGCCCUUGCAGAAUCCCCAGUCAAGUCAAAGGCUGUCAAGAAGAAGCCACGCACGAUCACGGAGCUGGCUACUGCAGCCUACAGAAACCAGGAAGAGCCGUCUAAGCAAGAUUCGCUCCUCGGCUACCUCGACACGCCAGAUGCGCAGACUGGGUCAUCGAGCACGGUGUUGAGAGGUAAAGGGAAGCUUGGGAAGAAGCCUGCAAAGCCAAGACCAUCUAAGAAGAAGCCUGAGCCCAAAAAGCCCAUCUUAUUGUCCCCAGAGAGUGCCUUGAGACAAGUGGCCCAACAGGAUUUCGUGUUUGGAACUUCAAGUCAACUUGCGAUAGAGGAUGACCCCGAUUUGCUGCGUGCGCUUCACGAGGCGAUGAAGUUGUCAAACGACACGACAGAUGACCCCUUUGCAAUUCCCAGCCCGGUGACAAGCGAUCUUGCGGUUCGCAGGAAACCUGCGCGUCUUCUCUGGGGGGCUAGCGCGCGAGAUGAGGACGGCGCUCUUCUGGACAUGGAGAUAUUGGAUUUGACCGAAUCACCUCCUCCCGCUCAUUCGCAAUCUCGUGCCAAUGACAAGGAAUCGUUGGAUGACUCUGUGCAGAUGACGGAGCAGUCUUUGCCACCACCGCCGACCAAGGCGCCAGAGCCCAUGAGGGAAGCAUCACCCCCAACGCCGGGGGCGGAUGAACAAAGACAUACUGGCAAUAGUAUAUUUGACACCACCGAUUCAUUUGCAGAGACCGGGUCAGAAGCGCAUGCUUCGCCAAAGUUCCAUAUCGCCAACGCCGUAGUCGAACAAAUUCCCGAGCCGAAUGACGCAGAUUGGGAUGACUAUAUUGACUUUGACCUUCCACCAUCCAACCAAGAGCAUCACGAAUUCUUGUUGACACAGUCGAGCAGCCCACAGCUCGCGCAUUCGCCCAUCACUCCAAAUCUACAACCAGCAUCCACAUCCAGUAAACCCACCGCCGACCCGUCUAUUCUGUUGCAAUCCGGGCCUAUGGCUCCAUCCAGACCAAAGUAUGAACUCUUCACCGAUGCCCAGCUAGCACGAGAUAUCUCCAAGUUUGGGCUCAAACCUGUAAAGAAACGUUCAGCCAUGAUUGCGCUUCUUGACCAGUGUUGGGCAAGCAGGGUCCAGUCAGCCACAGGAGGCGCGGCUACCAGUGUGCGGACCAUAUCCACCACCACCUCCCAAGCUGCCUCCAAACCGAGCACGGCUGCUGCGGCGAUCAGUCCACGAGGUCGACCAAGGAACAAUUCGGGCACGGCAGCACCAUCAGCUGAUUACAGUAGUCUGAAGGUCCUGGAGCUGAAGAAGCUGUUACAGGAGCGUAGCCUCAAGCAGUCAGGGAAUAAGCCAGACCUCAUCGCCCGUCUUCAAGAUUAUGAUAUGCAGAGGAAGACAUCUGCCGGUCUCGCAUCUCCACGGGGAAGGCCACGCAAAGAGACGGCAAGCUCCCCGAAAAGAACCAAGCCCCGUGAAAAAUCUCCUGCAAGACGAGCUACCUCUCCAAGGCGUAGUAGAUCACCUGCAACAACGCCACGUCGAAGUAAACCACAAGGCAGGGAUGGAGUGAUUGAGAUUCCCGACUCGGAUGCCGACUCUGACCUAGAUGAUCCCAUACUCUCGUCCCCGCCUUCAGCUGCAAGACGUGCUCGACCAGCAGAUGAAGACAUGUUUUCUUCUCCUCCCCGGGUAGAUCUGUCCAUCAAUGAAGAUGCAGAAAUGUCUCUCAUUGCCAGUCCAACCACGGAGCAAGUCUCUGUGUUUGCAUACAUUACAAAAGCUAUCACAUCAGCACCUUCAUCCAAAGACCCCACUGGCCCCUCCUGGUAUGAGAAGAUCUUGAUGUAUGAUCCGAUUAUUCUCGAGGAUUUGGCAUUGUGGCUCAAUGCAGGACAGCUGGACAAGGCGGGAUAUGAUGGGGAGGUCUCACCAGCGGAUGUCAAGCAGUGGUGUGAGAGCAAGAGUGUUUGUUUGUGUCAGCGGGAAUGGGCCGGAAAUAAGCGGGGCCGAAGCAAACCGAGGUUGAUAGCGCCAAGUUUCAGAAGAUCCCCUCAUCACGGUGACCGGAAACCGUUUGACGAUGAGGAUAGCGUGAGUGAGGGGGAACCUGGACGGUUCUUUUCCCCAAUUUGGAGUCUUUUUCUAUUUUGGUUUCUAUUAAACAUGAGCUCUUUGCAUUUUGUCGUCAUAUCCAGGAGUUCUGGCUUUGCUCACUCAUUCCGGCUCUCUGACGCGACGCGCUCACUCUCACUCACAACCGUCCACUCGGUGCUCAACGCCAGCAAGAGAAAUUUCGUCACAACGUCGAGAAAUCAGGACCAAGGGCCCCUUUUUGAAAAAGCAAAAACAAUGGACCCCAAACUGUACACCAAGUCAGCUGCACCGUCGUCAACCAAGUGGCCUGCGCCCAGUCCCAGUGCCAGCAUCCUGGUCAUCUCGCCCACCAACAAAGUAUUGCUGUUGAAGAGAGUCAAGACGGCCUCUUCUUUUGCGUCCGCGCAUGUGUUUCCUGGUGGCAACGUGGAUGAGUUUCAUGAUGGGGUGACGGCCAAAGAUGAGCACCUGGACAAUAUCGUCUAUCGAAAUGCUGCCAUCCGUGAGACUUUUGAAGAGACGGGUAUUUUGUUGAGUAAAAGGCCUGUUGAAGUCAGUGAUGAAGUGAGGGACAAGGGACGAAAGGAUGUCUACAACAGACAGAUCCCCUUUGGGGAUUGGGUCAAGGACCAUGGUGGUGUGGCGGACACAGACUCCCUCAUCCCCUUCACCAGAUGGAUCACCCCACCCCCAGCCAAAAAGCGCUUCACAACCCAAAUGUACCUCUACUUCCUCCCGGUAUCCUCCGCCAACUCGUUCUCCGAAAAGCCCAGCAAGAUCCACACCCCUACCCCAGAAGGCGAGCAGGAAAAGGAGCACACCUCUGCGGAGUGGGAGUACCCCCUCACCUGGCUGUCCAAGGCCCAAAGCGGGGAGAUUAUGCUUUACCCACCGCAAUUCUACCUCUUGAAUCUCCUCUCCCCCUUUUUGAACAACUCCAAUACGGAUUAUGCCACGCAGCGGAAGGGGGUGAGGCAAUUUCUGGAAAAGGUGCCGACUUCAAGCGGGGAGUACGACUCGUUUGAUGGAAAGCUCAAGCCCAAGGUGUCGAAUACCCAUCUGAUUGGCUGGAAGGACAAGGUAAUCUCGCCUAGUGUGAUGUUUGCGCCGGGGCAGCUGUACAGGGACGAGACCGUGUUGAGUUUGGAGUCGCCUGGUCCUGAGCUCGGGGCUCAAAAGGGGAACACGAGGGGAGGGGAUGCGGAGAGGGUGGUGGUUGUUGAGUUUGAGAGGAAGAGUGGCCCGAGGGGGAUCAAGAUUGUUGACAGGGGGGAGGUGGGGAGGCUGUGGGAGGACAAGGAGAGGAAGGGGGCGAGGAUAUGA